AUGUAUCAUUACUCCAGUCCACCACCCGGGUGGUCCACCUACGACUAUUCGCAGUCUCCUCCAACCUCACCUCACUACGCCUACUACGCCUCUCAGUUCGCCAACACAUACUCCUCACCCCGGGGCACUUCGCGACGACACAACCGCAAAGCCAGCUACACAGCCACCAAAGAUACGGGGGGAUGGUAUUCGACCUCGGGCUACCCGCACGGCUUCUAUGAAGCCACGCCAGACUAUGGCAUUCCAUCGCGAAAGCACGAUCAUGUAAGUGCUUCUUUUGCGGACAUGCCCAAACACCGUCGAUACCACUCCUCGGCUGGUCAUCCUACGGGGGAUGGCUUCGGCACCGGAAACGGCUACGGCUAUGGCCCCGGCUACAGCUACGGAUUCGACCCGUCGCAAUCGCAGACGCGACCCAUCUUCGUCGAUGUGGUCGACGAUGCAUUCGACGUCCCGCGCACCACCCGCGAGCCCCGUCCCAGUCGCCCAGGCCAUCCCCCGGCCUCGAAUCCCAAGCGCGAUGGCCCCCGUCGCGCGUCGACCUCUUACCGCAAAUCAAAUCCAGCUGAUUCUCACUUUUACUUCACCCAGGCUCCUAACAACGAGGAUAUCGAUGCUGCCCGACGCUCCCGCGCACGGCGCCAGUCCACUUCCACGCGCAACCCCAACAAGCCCAAGCCCGCUCCCGCCGCGAAACCCCCACCAACCGCUACCGAAGAUGACGCCGAGCGAGCAGGUGUCCCGGCAGGCUAUUCGAUCAAGAACUGGGAUCCGACCGAGGCGCCGAUCAUUCUCCUCGGUAGUGUGUUCGAUGCGAAUUCCCUCGGAAAGUGGAUCUACGACUGGACCGUUUUCCACCACGGCGCCUCGACGCCCAUGGCCGAUGUCGCUGGCGACUUGUGGCUUUUGUUGAUCAAGCUGGCGGGCAAGGUUAAGAGGGCCGACGAAUGUCUCCCACGCAUUCAGCGCGUGGAGGCGCAGGAAGUCGUCGAAGAUUUCCUUGAAAGUGGCGAGCGCCUCUGGGCUCGUUUCAAGAAGCUCCUCAAGGGAUGUGAACUUUACAUGUGGAAGGCCGCAAAGCGAGAAGGUGGUGGAAAACCUGUUUCUAUGGGCCGUAAUGCAGGCUGUGAAUUUGUCGAAUCUAUUUUCGGUCGUGAUCGCGAGCUUGAAAACACCGAGAAGCUUAUGAACAGUAUUCGGCUCUGGAACAUGCGAUUCGAUGCCAACUGCGAAGACAUUCUGCGCCGACCUUCGGCUAUGUAA